UCACUGAAAAACUUUGCAACAUUUGUCAACAUUUGUCCUUUCUUCUACUUCUGCAACUUUGUCUCUACACAUAUCCACCGAUUUCAAGAGCUCUCUGUAACUGUACGAUCAUGGCACACCCAAGUUCUUCCACUUCAGACCCGAAAAACAAUAAGAAAGAUUUUUCGACUGCAAUUUUGGAGAGGAAGAAAUCCCCUAACCGCCUUAUUGUUGAUGAGGCCUUAAAUGAUGACAAUUCAGUUGUGUCUAUGCACCCUAAUAAAAUGGAAGAGCUGCAACUAUUUCGGGGAGAUACUGUCUUGCUAAAGGGUAAAAAACGAAAGGACACUGUUUGUGUUGUCCUUGCAGAUGAACAAUGUGAAGAACCUAAGAUCAGAUUGAACAAAGUCGUUCGAGCUAAUCUUAGAAUUCGUCUUGGGGAUGUUGUGUCUGUACACCAGUGUCCUGAUGUUAAGUAUGCGAAGCGUGUUCACAUUCUUCCAAUUGAUGACACAGUUGAGGGGAUGACUGGCAACCUGUUUGAUGCAUACUUGAAGCCAUACUUCUUGGAGUCUUACCGCCCUGUCAGGAAGGGCGAUCUCUUCGCAGUCAGAGGUGGUAUGCGUAGUGUUGAAUUUAAAGUGGUUGAGACGGAACCCGGAGAAUAUUGUGUUGUUGCACCUGAUACAGAGAUCUUUUGCGAGGGAGAACCAAUCAAGCGUGAAGAUGAGGAGAGACUAAAUGAAGUUGGAUAUGAUGAUGUUGGUGGUAUGAGGAAGCAAAUGGCUCAGAUUCGUGAGCUGGUUGAACUCCCUCUAAGGCAUCCACAGUUGUUCAAGUCAAUUGGUGUGAAACCACCAAAAGGUAUUCUCCUGUAUGGUCCUCCUGGAUCGGGGAAAACCUUGAUUGGCAGAGCUGUGGCAAAUGAGACUGGUGCAUUUUUCUUUUUAAUUAAUGGGCCUGAAAUAAUGUCCAAAUUGGCUGGUGAGAGUGAGGGUAACUUGAGGAAGGCAUUUGAGGAAGCUGAAAAGAACGCACCAUCUAUCAUUUUUAUUGAUGAGUUAGACUCAAUUGCUCCAAAGAGAGAAAAGACACACGGCGAAGUUGAGCGGCGCAUAGUUUCCCAACUUCUGACAUUAAUGGAUGGGCUCAAGUCUCGAUCUCAUGUGAUUGUCAUGGGAGCCACCAACAGACCAAACAGUAUUGAUCCUGCUCUCAGGAGAUUUGGGAGAUUUGACCGAGAGAUUGACAUCGGCGUACCAGAUGAAGUAGGGCGGCUGGAGAUCCUACGGAUUCAUACUAAAAAUAUGAAGCUCGAUGAUAAUGUUGAUCUAGAGAGAGUUGCAAGAGACACACAUGGUUAUGUCGGAUCUGAUCUUGCUGCCUUGUGCACCGAGGCUGCGUUGCAGUGUAUCAGGGAGAAAAUGGAUGUUAUUGACUUGGAGGACGAGACCAUUGAUGCUGAAGUGUUGAAUUCAAUGGCUGUGACUAAUGAGCAUUUUCAAACUGCUCUGGGUGCUUCAAAUCCAUCAGCUUUACGAGAAACGGUUGUGGAGGUACCCAACACCUCCUGGGAGGAUAUUGGAGGGCUGGAAAAUGUCAAGCGGGAACUCCAAGAGACUGUUCAGUAUCCGGUUGAGCAUCCUGAGAAGUUUGAGAAGUUUGGCAUGUCACCCUCUAAAGGGGUUCUUUUCUAUGGACCUCCUGGUUGUGGCAAAACGUUACUUGCCAAAGCUAUUGCAAAUGAGUGUCAGGCUAACUUCAUAAGUGUGAAAGGACCGGAGUUGCUUACAAUGUGGUUUGGAGAAAGUGAAGCAAAUGUUCGGGAAAUAUUUGACAAGGCACGACAGUCUGCUCCGUGUGUACUGUUCUUUGAUGAACUCGAUUCCAUUGCUACGCAGAGGGGGAAUUCUGUGGGAGAUGCUGGUGGUGCUGCUGAUAGAGUACUCAAUCAAUUGUUGACAGAGAUGGAUGGAAUGACGGCAAAGAAAACAGUAUUCAUCAUUGGGGCAACAAAUAGGCCAGACAUUAUUGACCCUGCAUUGCUCAGACCAGGGCGUCUAGAUCAAUUAAUUUACAUUCCCCUCCCAGAUGAAGCUUCCCGUCUUCAAAUCUUCAAAGCAUGUUUGCGGAAGUCCCCCGUCUCUAAGGACGUGGAUCUGGCAGCUCUAGCACGGUAUACACAUGGUUUUAGUGGUGCAGACAUAACUGAGAUUUGUCAACGAGCAUGCAAAUACGCCAUUAGAGAAAACAUUGAAAAGGAUAUUGAGAGAGAGAGGAAGAGGGGAGAAAACCCUGAAGCAAUGGAUGAAGAUGACACUGAUGACGUGGCUGAAAUAAAGGCUGCACACUUUGAGGAGUCCAUGAAAUAUGCUAGACGAAGUGUGAGUGAUGCUGACAUUAGGAAGUACCAGCUUUUUGCUCAAACAUUACAGCAGUCACGGGGACUUGGAACUGAAUUCAAAUUCGCUGAGCACGCAGCUAAUGCUACAACAACCGGGGCAACAUCCGACCCAUUCGCUUCUGUUAAUGCUGCCGGAGACGAUGACGACUUGUAUAGUUAAUAAGUUAACCUUGUGCAGCUUAAUAAUAAAUGUGGUGGAUGUUUACCUAUUAUAGAUGAGGAUGAUAGGGUGCUGGAAAAAUGGAAUGUUAAGUGGUAAGUAGUAUAAGUACGUUUGCAUGUUGCGACUCUGGUAUGAAAGAAAUAUUAGUGACA